UACCGGCAGUUUGUUCUCGUGUGCCGUAGCGCGCACUUCAGUUGUUACACAUUUUUCUUGCAACACGUACCCGCCGCCGCACACGCCUCGCAAGCGCGCCCGUGUAUGCCCGCGUGCAGUGUAUACCUACAUACACAUACACACCUACACUUAUAACAGUGGCUUUUUUCCUUCUCUCAUUUUCUCGUUUAUCAUUCUUUUUCUUUUCCAUGCAGCGGACACAAUUGUUGUUGAGAGAUUGAAUUAUUGUCUUUGCGACCUACUCUACUCCGCAACGUGCUCCGCAAAUAUUAGAGAUCGGCAACUCGAAAGCACAUACAACCGAUUUUUCGGCUGCAGCAGCGAGAGAGAGAACAGUUGAGGCGAUCGAAAGCUCGCCACUGCGGAUAAAGCUUCGGAGUCAAGCGUGCAGGAUGAGCAAGCAAUUUCGCCUCGAGAGAAAGGAGUGACCGAGGAACAGAGAGCGAAAAUGAAAUAGCCUGAAUUGAGAAAUUUUUCGCAUCGAAGAUUUGACGAUAAAAAUAAGUGACAAGUGUCAAUCGUAUACAUAAAAUUUACAUAGUGUUACAUAGUCGAUAAAUGAGCGAGCACAAUGACGCGGAAUCAAGCUCAGAAGAGGACAGGCUUGGUGACAACGAGCGUCGCAACGCGUCGCGGUGAUAAUCGAUAUUAUGGCAGCCGCACGACGAUCGGCCCCUCGCAGGCCGUUAUUUUCAUCGGCGUCUUACUUUUCAGUGUCGCCCUGGGCCAGCCACUGUCGUUAGAAACGUCAUCGUUGACGCAGCCGACGGCAACAUUAACGCAGGAAGCAUCGCAAUCGACCUCGACUUCGUCGUCCACGACGACGUCGACGACGACACCGACGACAACGACGACAACGACAACGCCAAGUCCACCGGCAAUCGUGCAAGCAUCAUCGGACAAAAAUGAGCCGGAGGGCCACUCGAUGGACGACCUGAUGCCGGGCAGUACGCAGGAGCCGCCGACUCCGUUGACUCAGGGACCGUUGGUCUUCGUCGAUCAGCCGAGCCACACGGAAACCGAGCUCGGCGCCUCGGUUCUGCUGGCCUGUCGGACCGCGACGCCCGUCGUCGAGUGCAGAUGGUCCUGGCAGCCCCUGCCGCCGACGCAUCUGCCCCUGCCCAAUAUCGACAACAGUUCGCCCAUUUCAAAUGAUGUAGCGUUGAAUGCGACAACAGGAUCGCCCGCGACGAGCCUGGCCCUGAAGACUUUCCCGGCCUUCGGCAACGCCAGCAACGACUGCUCCGUCAGGUUCUCCAGCACCAAGUACGAACAGACAGGCUACUGGACUUGCGCCGCCCGACAGGCCCACGAGGAGACCUUCACGAGCACACCGCCGGCCAAGCUCAAUAUCGUUCACCUCGGCAAUGUAGCGGGACAGAUCAAGUUCGCGCCUCAGGACGCCGCUCUGGAGAUACCGUCGGGCGCGACGGUGCGGCUCAGCUGCAACAGUUUGACACCGGUGCGCGAGUGCCAGUGGUCCUGGCGCCAGCUCAAUCAGAGCCAGCCCUGGGACGUGGAGAUGCGACGCUUCCCCGCGGCCGGCAACGACAGCACCAACUGCGAGCUCGGCCUGCCCGCCGCCAGAUCCGAGCACGAGGGCUUCUGGACUUGCGGAGCCAGGCAGUCCUCCAACUCGCCGUUCGUUCAGGCUCCUGCCAUGAGGCUGCUCAUUUCCGAAGUGGAGUUCGUGCGGCUGCUGCGCGACAUUCAAAUUACCGUCGGCGAGUCGGUUUACCUGCGAUGCCUGGUGAACAAGCCGGUCUAUCAGUGCGAGUGGUCUUGGCGGCCGAGCAACACCAGCAAAAACUCGACGGUGGCGCGCAAGUUCGCCCCGCCCAAGGAAAUGGACCACGACUGCUCCGUCAGGCUGCAGAACAUACUCUACGAGGAGGAGGGAGUCUGGACUUGCGGCGUCAGACUGACUCCGGCUGGGAUCCUGCUUAUGGCACCCUCGACCACGGUCACCCUUUUACCUUCUGGCAAGGUAAACUUCACGGAAACGCCGAAGGACGUGAGCACGCCGCGAGGCAGCCAGACGAGCCUGAGCUGCGCCAGCAACGGACGCGUCGAGAGCUGCGCCUGGUCGUGGCGGCCGCUGAACUCGCCGCCCGACACCGAGACCAAGACUCUGCGCUUCCCCAGCCACGGCGAUCUCGGGCGCAACUGCAGCCUCAAGCUGACGAAUCUGAGCCUCGACGACGAGGGCCACUGGACCUGCCGCAUCUAUCUCGGCGGCGUCAACGUGCUGACCAGUCCCCCCGCCAAGAUCACCGUUUACCUGGAAGGUGCGUUAAUAUCGCCGCCCUCGUUCCCGCCCCUCGGCAUAACCGACAUUAAUGACACAGAGGACGUGGUGUUCUCCGAGCUGUCGAAGGACAUCUCGGUGUCGUCGGGCGGCACGGUCAGUCUGCGCUGCGUGACGAGCGCCCGCGUGGAGCAGUGCCGCUGGGCCCUCAACCAGGUGGUCGGCAGCAACAACACGGUCGUGGUGAAGCUGUUCCCGCCGGCCGGCCUCGAGGGCCGCGACUGCAGCGUCAAGCUGUCGCACGCGCUCGCCGAGCAGGAGGGCCUCUGGACGUGCGGCGCGCGAAUGCACGCCCGCCAGAACUACACGGACGCCCCGCCGGCGCGCCUCCGAGUCAUCGAACCAGACCCUACGAUGGUAACGAUCUGGGGUACGCCGCAUCAGAUGAUAAACCUCGCUUGCAAGACAGGCGCCAAUUUGGAUAGCCGAUGUUACUGGCUGCACGAGGGAAGCGAAUUACGCCUCGCCGAGGCACCCGGCAACGACACGCGCAAAACUAAACACACGGUCUCGAUGAAUCAUACGUCAGGCGUAUGCAGCCUUCAGUUUACGGCCGACGAGCGGGAUUUCGGUGAGUGGCACUGCGAAUUCGUCAUUUACAACGAGCAGGUGCAGUCGAGGCUCGGCUCUGCCUUCAUUUUGCUACUGAGCAAUCCACCAGUCGAUCAACGGCUAAGCUGGCUGGUGGGCGCGAUAACGUCGACCGUCCUGUUUCUCCUCAUCAUCGCCGUCGUCGUGGUCGUGUGCAAGACGCGCAUCUGCGCGAGAAAACUGCCGACUUUUUUAGAGACUCUGCCGGCCGAUGAAGCUCACAAAGAUCAUCAACAGGUGCAUCAGCAUCAUCGGGUCCAUCAUCAACAACAGCAGCAGCAGCAGCAGCACGCGUCCGCCGACAGAUACGUGCUCGGUCCGUUGAGCUACGUCAAUCCGAAUUUCGUGGCUCACUCGUCGUCGUCGGCCACGACGGGUGCUGCAGAGACUGGCCUGAGCAGUGGCAUACUGCCAAAUCGGAGUCCACACCUCUACGAGCGAGUUGGCGGCAGGAGGGGCGUAGUUCAACAUGCACCCAAGACUUAUGAGAAUGUAGUUUACGCUGAAUAAAAUCAACAUCGAACGCACAAUUCUGACUUUUUGCAAUUUGUACAUUAUGAAAUGCAACAUUUUACGACCCAAAUACAAUAAUUUCAGUUUCAGGCACCGCCGCCGCGCAUUCAUCGUUCAUUCAUGCGCGCGCGCGCGCGCACAAGCCGAUAGCAGUGCUUUUUUGGCGCGCGAUUGGAUCUCAGUUAGCUCAAUUUCACAUUUAAAUGACUCGUAAAGGUCUAUGUAGCGGCUAGGUCCGGCGUAUCGGUGAUUUGGGGUAUUUAAAUGUAAUACGUGUCGACCCGCGACCAACUAUAUACGUAAUCUAAUUCAAUAUAGUACGCUCAGCGAUUGUCACCUUCCAACUACUGACUUAUCGACCGACCCUUGCAGCAAUGAUGCUCUAUAAUCUUCUAAAGAAUUAGGGCCAUCGCUGAGCAGAUCCUUAGACCUUACAUAUAUAUAGAUAGCCCGUGUUGCUUUCGUUUUCGGCACUAUUUACACGUGACCGUACAUAUGCACACAUAACGUUAACCUAUAGUUUUCGCGACACUUUUGUGUCAGCGAGAAAAGUAAACAAAUUGUUAUUGAACGCGUGUGGAUAGCAAAUCAUUUAAGUUAAUGUAUAAUAGAGUAGCAUAGUGACAAAUUCCGAAAUCAUGUUUUUGGACGAAUACAUGGAAUGUCAAACGGAAAAAUGUAUAGAUGCGAUGUUAAACAAUCCACGAAAACGAAAAGCAGUGCUGAAAUUUCAAGAAUAUCACCCAAAAGUUAAAAGAACUAAGUUAGUAGAGUAUGAAAUGCAUGUUCUUGACGGCGGAGUUUUAAUCCGCGAUAUUGUAAAAGGUCAUGGUGAAUGUGCCAAGUCAGGAAACACUGUUACAGUGAAUUGUAUAGGUGCAAUGCAAAAAAAUGAUCCUAUGAAAUCAUCUCAAUUAAAACGUUCUUUCACUUUUACCAUUGAUAAAGGUGAAGUCAUCAAAGGUUGGGAAAUUGGUAUAAAAGGAAUGUAUGUAGGAGGUAUUCGACAUAUAAUUGCUCCGCCUGAUACAGCGUAUGGCAAUGAUGGGUUGGCUCCUCUCAUCCCACAAAACUUUACCUUCAAUUAUACCGUGAUGCUAGUAAAAAUAAAUUGAUAUAUCGUGUUUGAAAUUGUGUAAAUAAUUAUCAUUAAAUAACAAACACUCUCACUGUCAAAAACAUUGAUAAAUAAAAUCAAUAUUGUUACUUAGUGAGAGAUAUUUUUAUAAGAUUAUAGUAUUUAUAUAUACAAGUAUGUAUUUACAAGGUUUAUGAAGAAUUGUACAUUCAAAUGUAACAUAGGUAUGAGGUAAAGUACCAGUAUUGUUUAAUUGAAUCACUGCAAAGUUUGAUCCUUUUUUCUAUGAAAAAAAUAAAAAAUUAGUCUUUUAGCA